AUGGCUUCAACGCUAAUGAAAAUGUUUAACAAAAGUAAAAAAAAUAAUAAAGAAAAUGAUGUAUCAUUUGCGCGUAAUCGUGAUAGCAGAUGCUCAACAAAAAGUAACUCAGGAUGGGAUAAUCCUAAAUAUAAGUAUGGUGAUGGUGGUGUUUAUACAGGGGAUGCUGAUAUAACAAAAGCUUCAUAUGCAUAUUCAGUACCAACAGCUCCUAAAAAAACAAGAGGUCCAAGAAGUUGCCCUGGUGCACCUAUGUAUACAAUUGAUGAAAGGUAUUCUAUAAGAGAAAGUAAAGGUAGAAGUCGCCAAAAUCCUUAUGUAAAUGAAUCAUAUUAUGAAGGUAAAAAAAAUAGAAAUCAUGAUCGUAUGAGUCAAAAUGUUGUAUUAAAUACUUCAUUAAUGUCUCAAAGUACAUAUAAAAAAAAUCAUCAAGUUUUAAAUAAUCGUAAUAUGAAUGAAUUUAUUAAUACAUCAGAAUAUGAUAGUUCUGGACCGAGUCCAUUAUCUAUGUGCCGUAGAGCUAAUUAUAAGACAUCUGAUAUUCAUAAAAAUUAUAGAUAUCCAGAUGAAAGAGAUUCUUUAAAUUAUACUGAUAAUGAUGACACAGAUUAUGAAGAUAAUUUUGAUCAUUUACUUCAAAUGAAAGUAAAAGAAUACCAAGAUAAAUAUUAUAAAUGGAGAAAUAAAGCAAAAGAAAUGAGAAAUAGAUAUGCAAGUGAAUUAUUACAUUAUCAAAAUCAAAUUGACAAAUUAGAAGAUCGUUUAGAUAAACAACAAAAACGUAUGAAAGAUGUUGAUAGAAGGUUAGCAUUUGAAAUGGCUAAAAACCGUGAACUUGAAAAGACAUUAAAAAAUGCUGAUGAAGAAAUUAAAAAAUGGAAAUUGAAAGUAAGAAAUCAUGAUAAUAUGUUAUCAGAUAAAUUUUCUCAAAUAAAUCAUAGUCAUACUGAUGAGUCAUCUACAAUACCAUUAACAGGUGCAGGAGAAGCAUUAUGUGUUUUGACAGAUUCAAAUGCUGAUAUACUUAAUAAUAUUUCACACAAAAAUACAAUUAAUUCAAGUUUAAUGUUUAAUAGUUUUAUUCCACGUUCUGGUAAUGAAAUUGAUGAUGAUUGUUAUGUUUUUAAAAAUAAUCGUUUAACUGAUAAUGAGAGUACUUGUAAUUUAGAACAAACCCGAGAUUGCCCACGAUCAAAUAGUGUUCUUUCACACUACAAUCAUCCAUCACCAUUGGAACCAUAUGCAAUUGAAUCAGUUUGUACAACAAUAGAAGAAGAAUAUUGUAGUUUAACAGGAACAGAAGUAAAUUUUGAUAAAAAGACAAUACAUUUUGCUCCAUUAGCUUCAAUGGAAAAAUUUGAUGAAAAAUUGUCUGAUUGUAUUAGUGUAACAAAAGAAGAGAAAUAUGAAAACCAAUAUGAUUAUCAAAAUGUGGAAAAAAAUAAUUUAAAAAAUUUUGUAUAUAAAAUAAAACCAUCACCUUUAAGAAAAUCUUUUUCUGAUUCAGAUAUUCAAGAAAUAACAAAAACUAAUAUUAAAGGUACAAUAUCACCUCCACCAUCAUUAGGAGAAUACAAUGAAAAUGAUAGUGAAAUGAAACCACCAAUUCCACCAAAACCAUCACAUUUAUCUAAAUAUAAAACAAAAGCUGUAAAUUUAGCAGAAGAUUAUACAUAUUCAUCAGAAGAUGAAAUUGAUUCAAAUACAGCAUUAAUUGACAAACAACUACGUAAACGUGGUGGUCGUGUAAAGUUUGUACCACCACGUAAAAUAGUUAGCUCAAAAACUUAUUCAUGUUAUAGAAAUCAAGAACGUAAAGCUAUGGAAACAUUUGAGUAUUUACAUGAUUUUAGUACUGAUGUAUCAGGUUUACAAUCAUCCCCAGAUUAUCCUAUACAUAUAUAG